UUCCGAGCCACCUGUUUUAAGAGAGAAAAAUAGAAGAGGUAUUACUUCCCCCCAUCAAAAUUCUGACUGUCCAUUCUGAGAGAGAAAGAUGCUUUCAUCCACAAUUUUAUUCAUUCAGUCAUACUCAACUCAUCAAAAUCCCAUCUUUCCUUCAACUGCAUAGCAAUCAGAAGUUCUCAAGAGAACCCAGCUAAUCAAAAACCAAUCUUUCCUAACAAAACCCAAUCAAUUCUCAAUCCCCCAUCUCUUCAAUAGAAAAAUUCCCCCACAAAAAAUGAGCUCUGGAUUAUUGCCCAACACCACCAACAUCCCAUUCUAUCAUCAACCUCCAAAACAGCAACAACCAAUAAAGAGACUCUCCACUUUGCGAUUCCCUUCAGUUCACUACUCUUCUUCAUUCAGAGCAAAGGCAGCAGUGAAAGAAGAAGGUGGGUUGACUGAAGAGAGAAGAACUUCGAGCUUUUACGAUCUCCUUGGGAUAUCAGAAGGAGGGAGCUCUGAUGAGAUCAAGAGGGCCUACAAGCAACUGGCAAGAAAAUAUCAUCCUGAUGUUUCUCCUCCUGAUAGAACUGAGGAGUAUACAAGGAGGUUCAUUGAGGUGCAGGAGGCCUAUGAGACUCUCUCUGAUCCUCGGCUGAAAGCAAUUUAUGACAGGGAUAUGGUCCGAGGGCUGCAUCUUGCUUUCUCAUCAAGGAGGAGAUUUGACGAGAUUUGCCACUGUAAUUGAGGAUUAGAAAUAUCAAUUGCUGGAGAUGCAUUCUUUAACCAAAUUAGGUCCCCAUUCAUUCAUUUGUUAUGCACGAGAUGCUAUUGUAAUUGAGGCAAUUAAUUUCCCUUUCCAUUAAUGAUUAAUUAUGUGGAGUUUGUUAAAUUUACUUCCUCUUAUGUUUAUGUCUGUAUAUAACCCCUAAUUUUGAAUAAUUUUGUACUUUCUUGCAAGUUGCAAUGAAUUUUGACCCAUUUUUGGGAUGUUGCUUCAAAGUUAGUCCAGUUACUCGUUUAAUAUGGAUUUUGUUUGAUUUGGUCUAUCAUUUGAUGUCAGUAUUAUGUUUAGGCAUAAUUUUGUUACUGUGUUGUGUUUCAUGUUUUAGUUAUUUGCAGUUUCAUAUCAUCAUUCUUAAAAGCGAACCUUGUGCUCAAUCAUGUGGAGUUUGAUCAAAUCUUGUGCUUAAUUAUUGCCAGUUUUGAUAUUAUCAUUCUUAAAAUUGAAUCUUGUGCUUAAAAGUAUGUACUUCCUAAAAUUGAAUUUGUUACUAUAUUGUGUUUCAUGUUUUAAUUAUUGUCAGUUUUGAUAUCAUCAUUCUAAA